AUGUCUUCUACAAACCCCGCUUACCAGCCUGGACGGGCAGAGUCCGAUUCCGAGGAUGAUCUCGACCUUGACGAACUCGACCCCAUCGUUGAACAGACAAACUUCUCUGCGAAUCCAGCUAAAGCCACGAGAAAUGCAUCUUCAAUCAUUCCACUCCAGAAAUUGCAGCAGUUUGGCGGGUCUCGAUUGUGGCGCGCGGCAGGAAGAAGAGACAAUCCUGCUUAUGCUGAGGCUGAUGGAGAUACCGAAGGGCUACUAGGUAGCUGGCCGGGCCAGACUUCUGCAAACGGCCAUCUGCACCAAUGGUCCGAAGACAGAGUUGGUUGGAACGUGAGGCAAGAUAGGACAGCAGAUGGAGGCCGGGUAACCAAUGCAUCGUCGCAGCCUCGGGAUACCCAUUCUCGCCGCUCAAGUUUCCGGCAAAGUAUGCAGUUGUCAGACUUCGUGCGGCAAGAGCUCGCCGACAUGCGUGAAGACCAAGAUGUCAACAGUAAGGAUUUACGCGAAAUCAGAGUCGGCCAGAUCCAGUCGAAACGCUACCCGACUAAUGUUGUCUCCAACGCCAAAUAUACCGCCUGGUCUUUCUUGCCUCGGACCCUGUAUAAUGAAUUUUCGUUCUUCCUCAACAUUUAUUUUCUCCUGGUUGCCCUGUCCCAGAUCGUACCCUUUUUGCGUAUUGGAUAUAUGUCCACCUACAUUGUUCCAUUAGCCUGUGUCCUUGCUAUCACGAUCGGGAAGGAGGCUCUUGACGACAUUGCACGACGCCGACGAGACGCAGAGGCAAACUCCGAACCCUACACUGUUUUGUCCUUCACCGAGUUCACAAGACCCCGUCAACUUGAAUCCAGAAAUGGCAUCCUUGAAGUCCAGAAGAAAGCACGAGAUAUCAGGGUGGGUGACAUUUUGAAGCUUGAGAAGAACCAAAGAGUUCCUGCAGAUGUGGUAAUUCUGCAAAGCCAUCAGAAUGAACUACUUUCAGAUCCUUCGACAAGCGCACCUGGUGACAUCGACACAGCGACGUCUGCCCAAGCAAGUGGUGAGACUUUUAUACGGACUGAUCAACUUGAUGGAGAGACCGAUUGGAAACUGCGACUUCCCAGUCCUCUGAGUCAAACCCUAAAACUCUCCGAUCUACGACAGCUUCGCAUAACUGCAGGUGCUCCAGAUAAGAAGGUCAACGACUUCGUCGGUACCCUAGAACUCCAGGGAAGCUCCAACGUUGCAUAUGAUCCACAUGUUAGUGAGCAAGAUUCUCCCGUAGACACUUCACCUCAGGUUGAUGGUCUCGGAGCUAUUCACAUUAGCAGCACCUCAGCUCCACUCACAACUGACAAUACCGCUUGGGCCAACACCGUUUUGGCCUCGACGACCACUAGCUAUUGCGCAGUAGUCUACACUGGUCGCCAAACACGAUCAGCUCUCUCCACAUCCCCAUCAAGAUCAAAAACUGGCUUACUGGAGCUCGAAGUAAACACUUUGACCAAAAUCCUCUGCAUCAUGACGCUUAGCUUGUCAAUCGUCCUUGUUGCUCUUGAGGGGUUUGAACCGUCGAACCAAAAGCCGUGGUAUGUGGCUAUCAUGAUUUACCUAAUUCUCUUUUCCACAAUCAUUCCCAUCAGUCUGCGGGUCAAUCUCGACAUGGGAAAGACAGUAUAUGCAUACUUUAUCGAACACGACCGAGGUAUUCCAGAGACCGUUGUACGGACCAGUACCAUUCCCGAAGAUUUGGGUCGAAUCGAGUAUCUCCUCUCAGAUAAAACGGGCACUCUCACACAAAAUGAGAUGCAACUACGGAAGAUACACGUGGGCACAGUAGCCUAUGCUGGCGAGGCUAUCGAGGAAGUAGCUGCGUAUGUCAGACAGGCUUUUGCAACAACAGAAACUGCGACUGGACCACGAGGUGCAGAAGCGGGAGCGAACACCAAAACGCGAAGAGAGAUAGGAAUUCGCGUCCGUGAUCUGAUCCUGGCACUUGCCCUUUGCCACAAUGUGACUCCCACGACGGACGAGGUCGAUGGAAAGAAGGUUGUCUCGUAUCAAGCAUCCUCACCUGAUGAAAUCGCCAUCGUUGAAUUCACGGAAAGCGUCGGCCUCCGACUGCUUCAGCGUGAUCGAGAAACCAUUGUCUUACAAUCGGUAGCAACGAAUAAGAUCGUCAUCAGAGCGGAAAUCAAAGACGUCUUUCCUUUCACCUCAGAAAGCAAACGCAUGGGUAUCAUUGUACAAAUCUUCUCCGAGGUACCCGGCCUUUCAUUCGCCAAUGAGUUCUGGUUUUUCCAGAAAGGAGCUGACACAGUCAUGUCUUCAAUUGUUGCAGCUAAUGACUGGCUGGAUGAAGAAACUUCGAACAUGGCCCGUGAAGGCCUCAGAACUCUUGUUGUUGGUAGGAAGAAGCUCUCACCGGCGCAAUACGCUGCAUUUGCCUCGGACUAUGGUGAUGCCUCGCUAGCUCUGCAUGCACGUGAUGUUGGCAUGGCGGGAGUUGUCAAAUCCCAUCUUGAGCGCGAUUUAGAACUCCUUGGUGUCACGGGUGUGGAGGAUCGACUGCAAAAGGACGUCAAGCCUUCACUCGAACUACUUCGCAAUGCUGGUGUCAAAAUCUGGAUGCUCACAGGUGACAAAAUCGAGACCGCACGAUGUGUUGCUGUCUCAGCCAGGCUAGUGGCCCGGGGCCAGUACAUCCAAACCAUGGCAAAACUCAAAACGAAAUCGCAAGGACAAGAUGCUUUAGAUGCGAUACGGAAUCAAUCAGAGUCCUGUCUGCUGAUCGACGGAGAGUCCCUUGCGCUGAUGUUGAGCCAGUUCCGUCAAGAUUUCAUCAGUAUAGCAGUCAUGCUUCCUGCUGUCAUCGCCUGCCGAUGCUCUCCCACCCAGAAAGCUGAAGUGGCACUCUUGAUCCGACGACAUACGAAGAAACGCGUCUGCUGCAUUGGGGAUGGUGGCAAUGAUGUCAGCAUGAUUCAAGCCGCGGACGUUGGCAUUGGGAUUGUCGGCAAAGAAGGACGCCAGGCAUCUUUGGCUGCAGAUUUCAGCGUUACGCAAUUUUGCCAUCUUACCAAACUCCUAGUUUGGCACGGUCGUAACAGCUAUAAGCGAUCAGCCAAAUUAGCUCAAUUUGUCAUGCAUCGUGGUCUGAUUAUCAGUGUCUGCCAGACUAUGUACAACAUUGCCGGACACUUCGAUCCGAAAGGCUUGUUCAAGGACUGGCUCUUGGUUGGCUAUGCCACCGUUUACACCAUGGCUCCUGUUUUCUCAUUGGUAUUCGAUCGAGACGUCGAUGAACAAGUCGCCAAUCUCUACCCUGAGUUGUACAAAGAGCUCAAGUCGGGUCAAAGCUUGAGCUACAAAACCUUCUUCACUUGGGUACUGGUGUCGGUUUAUCAAGGAGUCGUAAUUCAAGGUUUGACUCAGCUCUUAGUUGGGGAGGUUGACGGACCUAGAAUGCUCAGUGUCAGCUUUACCGUUUUGGUCCUUAACGAACUCAUCAUGGUGGCAGUGGCGGUCACCACAUGGCAUCCGAUCAUGAUAGCAUGUAUAUUAGGGACCGCAACACUUUAUGCAGCGAGCGUUCCAUUCCUUGGAGGCUACUUCGAUCUCGAGUAUGUGGUCAGCUGGAGCUGGGUUUGGAGGGUUGCGGCCGUCGCAGCCAUCAGCCUUGUGCCAGUCUGGGGUGGGAAAGUCAUUCGUCGCAUGUGGAAACCACCUAAUUACCGCAAGGUGCAAGGGAUAUAG